AUGGGUCGCAACAAGGAUGCUAAAGUUUCGAAGAAGUCAACGGGAAGUUCUUUCGGAAAAAUUGACUCUCGAGCUCCCACCUUCGAUUCUCUCAUCGCACAAUUUCAAGGUCUAGUCGAACGCAAUCAUCACGAUGACAAGGAAACUAUCAAGUCUAUCGUCUCCGAACUUGGCAAAAAAUCUGAAAAUGUCCAUACCGCGCUUCAGCUGAUUAGGUAUUUGCACCAAGUUAAGUCGAGCCAGUUGGACGAGCAUGUUGUGAUUGAAUUCGACGGAGAAAACGAGCGUUUGUGGAACACACUGUCUGAGGAGUUGCGAGAGCUUGUCUCUAACGCAAAGAAAGCUGAUUUCAACAUGCUUGAACAAAUCAUCGAGGGACUAGAUAAAAAGCAGGAUCAAUUGGCGAGAGCGAAGGAAGUCUUCCAAGAAGUGUCAGUGAGUACUGAGAGUACGGAGGUAACUUCAGAAUUCACACAACGCAAAUGUAACAUCGUGGUUUUGCGGUCCGAGAAACCAGUGAUCGAAAAUGUCCAAUGUACCGUGGAUGUCAAUCACAAAGAUUCGAAACAGGAAUCCAAUAUUGAUCCAGAGAGAUCAUUUGAGGAAACUGAUUGCCUUCUCUCAGAAGUGGAAAACGUUUAUAGUGACAGUGAUAAGUCUGUUCCAUCAAUGGAUUCCCAAAUUGAUUCUCCCAAUAAGGACUCCAUUCUCCAACACGAAGUCAACAGAAUGUUGAAAGACGUCUCAAAACUCAUCAGGCAUGAGCCGGAAAUCGAUAAUCUAUCCGAAGUUGUACAGAGUAUGCAAGACCGGUUCCAUCAAGAACAACUGAAGAAGGUGUUUAGCUUAACUGCAAUAGAAGCGAAGGAGAAAAUGAACACAAAACUGACGCUGAAUCUGGCUUCGAUGCAGGACGAGUUGAAUAAAACGGUAGAGGAGAACAAAUAUCUUUCGGAAGAAAUUGAUACUCUGAAAAGUAUUCUGAAGAAGGAGCGGAAAAGCAAGGCGAAUGAAACGAAGAAGAUAAAGAAGGAUAUUGCCGCAGUCAGACUUGAAAAUAAACAAUUAUUACAAAGACUCACUGAUACAUCUGCUACUGAUGAGAGCUUCGCUUCUUCAAAUCUUACGGAAGAAUUCGCACUAAAACCUCAAGAUUCUACCUUGGAGUUUCGGAUCGCUGAGCUACAGCGCUCUUCGGAAAGCUUGCAAAACCGAUACGAAGAUGUUUGUAACAAACUGGAAGCUUCAGAGAAAUUGCUGGAAGUCCAACAAGACAUAAAUUCUCGAAUCACUGCGUCGUCGGUGGAAACUCGUCAGAAACAUUCAUCUGAGGUAUCUGCUCUUGAAGAAAUAAUUAAAACGAUGAAAACUGCCGCUUCUCAACAAGAAAAAGAAUUGCUACGUAUCCAACAGCUCGAACGGACGAAAACUGAUGUACUCAUAAACUUCAUGGAAGAAGAGAAGCAGGAAAUUCGAGAAAAAUGUGAUUCUCUGAAGCUUGAGCUUACUAAUACUCAAAAGGCAAUCAAGGAACAAAAGGCUGAAGCGAAACGUCACUUCGAGAAUGAGAUCUGGAAGAUGAAGAAGGCAGCAAAGUUGGCGGAGAGACGUAACAGCUCAGCUUCCAACAGUUCCAAGUCAAGCAACUCAAGUACUGCAAACGACGGUGAUGAAGUUCAACAGUUGAUUACUGAAUUAGCUACGCUUCAAGCUUUACUAUUAGUGAAAAGUGACCGUCCAUCAGAAACCAUUUCUAAAGUGAACCAUCUUCUGGAAAUUGCUAUCGAAACUGUAAAGCAAAUGACCAUCAAGAACGAGAAAUGUGAAAUCGCACUUGCAGAAUCACUUUCGAAGCAUGAGUUGAAAGAUCAGGCAUUGGAUGCAUUGGCUAAGAUGCAGGAAGAGAAGUCUAACGAGUACGAGGCUGCUUUGAAAUCCGAACGUUCAAAAUACGAGUAUCUGCAAAAGGUAAUCGAAGAGAAUAUGGAGGAUGAAGCAGUAUCAGCUAAACGGUGGAAAGACUUACACGAGCAAGAAAAGCUUCUUGAAGCCAAUCAAAUUCAAUACAAAAAAGAUUCUGAGGAGUUCGCAAAACGCACGGUCUCUUCAGAAAUGGAGAAUGUGAAACUUCGGCAGGAACUCGACAGUCUCCAAAAAAAUAUCGACCAGAAAAAUCUCGAUAUAAAUAUGCUGACCGAGGAAAAUAAUCUUCUUCAAGUAAACGUCCAAACCAUAACAAAGCAACUGGAAGACGUUUUGUCUCCUAGAAAGGAUAGAACUGCUCAACUUGAGUCUCGUCUGGAAACAAUUCAGAGCUCCGCUAAAGCUCAACAAAAGCGACUCGAAGACGACCUUGUCUCCGCCAGAGCACAGCUGAAGUUUCUAUCGAAGCAAAACGGCGAACUACAAUUGACAAAUCUACAACUUCAAAAGAAGUCCGCGUUGGCUGACGAACUGACUAUGUCGUUGGCCGAAAAAACUGUCAAAUUCGAAGAAAGCGAGGAGUCUAUUUCCGAAUUGAAGAGAACUGUUUCUCAAUUGGAAGACGAAAACAGAAGUCUUAUUCUUGUGAAUGCCGAGGAGCGUGCGGGACUUGUCACUGAGCUGAUUACUACGAAGGAAAAGUUGAAGGAGUGUCAAAGUAUUGCUUCGUUACAAGCGAAGAACUUGGAACAGAUCCAAUCACUCGAGGAGGAGUUGAAGUCUACCAAGAAAAUUCUCGAGGGACGUCAGAAUAGUCAUGGCGCUAUGCAAGUUCCUGAGCAAGUGACUGGUUGUGAUCGUAGCAUUAUCAAUGAAAUGUUCCCUGAAAUGGAUCCGUUGCUCCGCCAAAUGGUUCACAUUCUUGCGCAAAACCAAAAUUAUUUAUACGGAAUCCUCGGAAUCGUCUUCUACGUCAUUCUUAUUCAUCUAUACAUUUUCCUGUAA